AGCAGAUACUUAAUGGAAUCUUAGUCGUUAUGAAUGUGUUGUUGCCUUAUUCAAGGUUACUUGUCGCUGAACUCAACGCUUUUGGUCAUUGAUGGCUUGUUUGACUAAUAUAACGUCAUGUGUAUUCUACAAACAGUUGAAAGGAUAAUUAUGAGGAAUAAUUAUGUUACACAUCUAGUUUAAUUGCUCGAAAGGGCUUGUCAAUGCAUAGGUGCUGAUUAUGGGUGAUCAGCGCCUGGUGUUUAACGCUGGCAUUGAAGCUUACGUGGACGAUGGUGCUCACAGGCCACCAAUUUGUAAGCAUUCCGCUUCAUGUCUGUCUAUGUAUGGUAAUUUCCAUUUGCUAAAGAAUUAUUACACCCUUCCUUAUUCAUGCAUUCAAAGUGGUUGUAGACUAGAUAAAUGGAAUCUUGUGUCAGACAAGUCUCAUUUACAGCUCCAAUGUGGCGUCUCUUUGCAGUUAGUGUUAAACGAUAUGCUAGGGAGCGGUGCAAUCACGGUUCAUGAAUAUUACGAUGCGCUGAGCAAUUUUAAGGAAGCAGUGAACAUUAACCUCCCCAAUAUCAAAAAUCUGCCAUUUUCAAAAAAGCGUAGCAUGCCAAUUAAAAUAAGCGGGAAGCUUAAGAACUACAAAAAUGAAGGUAAAACAUGGGUGUUCUUCUUAGAGAAAGUAUACAUAUCUAUUGGGAAACUUACUUUAUCAUCACCUUCUAUGAAGGUUUGCGUCACAAAAUGAGUACAAUCAAUUUCGUCUAUGAUUUUAUUU